AUGUCAUGGAUGGCGCCAGAUCCCUUCGAACUUGAGCCCCCAUCACCAACGUCGCCAAAAUUGACUUUCCAGCGAGCACCGCGAACUAGCACAGCAGACCGGGUCACCUCGAAUGGGUUGCAGACACUCCGACGUGCAAACAAACAGUUGCAAGUGGAGAUUCAGUGUAACUCCGGGCUGUGGGAUGAAGACGACGAUCUCGACCCCCAAUCAACAAUUCGGGCAAAGCCAGAGUCAGCAGAGCGUUGGUCUCGAAGCCCAGAUGACGAAGUCGACGUCUUCGAAGUGCAGCGCCAGCAAGGCUCGGACCCAAGUGCCCAGCGGCUUAACGAUGAUAGCUUGCCAAACAAUAUUGCGUCACCAGACAUCGCGCCAGCAAACCAAGGUGAAGGCGUCAGGACCCGGCCGCUCAUCUCGCCUCUGCAGUCCCCCACCCGUGACCCUCGCUCACUCUUUGGCUCCCCGUCACAAGAAACGCACCUUCCCUGGGUAAGGAAACUAAGCAACGGCCAGUUCUCCAUGACUGUCUCACCGAAACUGCUGCCGAGAGACGCCCCACCACCGAAGAGCAUAUGGGAUGCUGAAGAGGAGGAAUUUGAUCGGUGGCCCACCGCUGUGGAGGCGCGCGCAGAAUUAGACACCGUUCGAAUCAAUGCGACAACAAAGCGAAGCACUUUCAUAAGGCUCGAGGAACCGGAGUUAUCGGUCGCUGAGCAGAUCGCCGAAGCUGUGGACACACCGCUUGGGCAGCAUGUUCGUACAGAUGACGAAGAGAAACAGAUGAUCUUCGAACUCGAGGACAUGGACUGCGGCAACCCCUGCGGUCGAGACCUGCACGAUACGAUAAUCGCCCCCCUGCGCGAGGACUACACACUGCUUUCCAAAAGAGCACCGGCGCGUCACAUGCACGUCCUUGACGCCAAGGCAUACACCUCCAGCACCGAUCCCGUCAUGAAGGCCGCUCGCCCGCGGCUUUGCGAUGCCAUAGCCACAGUACUAGCGUACACAAAUGAGGAGUGUCUUCGAGAGUUCCUCGACCCCGAGAUCGAAGUGUUCGAGUGGCGGCGCAACAACAACUGCGUCUUGAUCCGCCGCGAGGGAAAGGAAGUCGUGGUCGGCAACUACUACAACUUCGGCACCAUGUACCAGUGGGGUUUCCUGGUACGUUCCACAAUCGAUAGCGACGGGGCAUGGUCUGAGACCUGGGCCUCAGUAUCGCAGGGCACGACUCCGGUCGGACAAGAGGGCGUGCUAUACGACCGUUUCGAGGCGGAUGGGACGGGCUGGGAUGUCAAGCCCGACGACGAGGAGUUCGCGCUGUAUGUAGGACGUGAUCUUGCGCAUUUCUUGCUGAGGUGGGAGGUGUGGAACUAUCACAAGUGGUGGCGGUACCAGAUCGAGUGGGAGAGUGAUGGGAAGGUGACGCGUGCGCGGGACAAGCAUCGGUUCCCGGCGGGUCUGACGUUCGAUUGA